AUGGACGCGGAUGCUGCUGCAGGGCCGGAGCUGAUCGCCCAGCUGCAGGAGCGGCUGCAGCAGCUUGAGUCCGAGUUCAAGACCAGUCAGGAUACGACACAAUGGACGAUCAAACAAAAUAAAAACACACUGAUGGCACUGAAGCAGGAGAACAAGGACUUGUCACAGGAAGUGGCUCGAAGGGGGGGUAGCACCGAGCUGCAGGGCAAGCAAGGCACCGCCACAGACGGAGAGCGAGUGGUGGAACGGUUGGAACGACAAGUGCACGAAUUUAGAAGGGCGUACGACAAAGUCAUCAAGGACAAGAAGACGGCGCUGCAGAAGCUCGACAAUCUGCACGACAGCCUCAAGGGGAACACAACCGGCGCAGCGCAGCGCUCUCCACCAACCAACGGAAGAACCUAG